AUGGAGCGUAGCUUCGCGCGCAUGGACAAUGAGGUUGUUAGUUGGGGCGAAACCGUGAUGAGCGCUAACUGCAGUUGCGAGCUUCAAACGCCAGAUUGUGACGCUGUCGGAUCCACCGCCGUUGUCUCCGUCGUUACUCCGGAGAAGAUCGUUGUAGCUAACUGCGGCGAUUCCAGAGCAGUUCUCUGUAGGAAUGGAAAACCAGUUCCUCUAUCCACAGAUCACAAGCCGGAUCGUCCUGACGAGUUGGAUCGGAUCCAGGAAGCAGGGGGGAGAGUGAUAUACUGGGAUGGUCCAAGAGUCUUAGGCGUGUUAGCCAUGUCACGAGCCAUAGGUGAUAAUUACUUGAAACCAUACGUGAGUUCGGAGCCGGAAGUUACUGUGACGGACCGGACCGAAGAAGAUGAGUUUCUUAUUCUAGCGAGCGACGGAUUAUGGGACGUGGUGACGAACGAGGCGGCGUGCGCGAUGGUGCACAUGUAUCUUAACAAAAGAGGUGGUGGCCGUGGAAGGCGACGAGAAACUCAGGACGAGUGUAGUGACGGGAAAGAGGAUGAGAAGGUGGUGGUGGGGUCGAGCAAGAGCGGGAAGAAAGGAGAGAUCGCGGACAAAGCAUGCACGGAGGCGUCAGUGUUGUUGACGAAGCUGGCGUUGGCUAAGCAUAAUAGCGACAACGUAAGCGUCGUGGUCGUUGAUCUCAGAAGAAGAAGAAAAAGACACGUUGCUUGAGCUGACACUAAUCUAUCUCAUUACUCCACCGUCUUUUUUUUUUAAAUAUGAUUCUUUUGUUUUUUUUUCAUUGGGUCAAGUCAAGUGUGUGGAGGUUUCACUGGGACGAAGGCACCUCGGUUCAUCUCCAAACCCUAAAGGGAAAAAAGCAUUAGUUGAAAAAAAAAUCUCGGUUUCGUUAAACCGGUUAAAUCGGGGUAUGGUUGUUUUCUUUUUUUUUGUUCUGGACCAUCGUUUUUGCCUUUUUUAGUUGUGUAAUCGACAAACAAAAAAAGAAAGAGACAUGAGCAAGAU